GGCGGAAGGAGGAGGAGCUCCGACCGCGCUCUCUGCCGGCAGUGGCUGCGCCUCUCAGCGCUCGUCGGGUCCCCACCCCUUUUAAAUAAGCCGGGCUGGUCGCCGCCCUCACAGACUAGUUGGCUCGGGGGAGGCGGCGGCGGCGGCGGCGGCGCGGCGGCGGGGGUGCGGCCGGGGCCGGAGCCCUGCCCGGGGCCCGGCGGCGGGGCGUACCGGCGGGCAGCGGGCGAGGCCGCGCCUGCAUGCGCGGCACAGCCCCGGCGUAGCCCGGGGCUGCCGGUGCCGACCGCGCCAUUGUUGGGGGAGGGGGCAGCUGCUGAGCGCGGCGGAGUCGGGGGCGAGCGCAGGCGAGGAGUGGAGGCGCCCCAUGGGGAACACGCUGACCUGUUGCGUGUCCCCCAAUGCCAGCCCCAAGGUGGGCCGGCGCACGGGGCCGGUGGAGGCAAACUACGAGUCUGAGAUCUACGAGGCGGCGGCCGGGGACGCGGUGGCAGUAGCCCCGGCGCCUGCUGCCGUGGAGCCCGCCGAGUUGGAUUUCGGAGCCGGCGAGGGCCACCACCUGCAGCACAUCAGCGACCGGGAGAUGCCCGAAGACUUAGCUUUGGAAUCAAACCCUUCUGACCAUCCAAGGGCAAGCACAAUUUUCCUGAGCAAAUCUCAAACGGAUGUGCGAGAAAAGAGGAAGAGCAACCAUUUAAACCAUGUAUCUCCAGGGCAGCUUACUAAAAAGUAUAGCUCAUGCUCAACAAUAUUUCUAGAUGACAGCACAGUCAGCCAGCCUAAUCUUAGAACCACAAUAAAAUGUGUGACCUUAGCAAUAUACUACCACAUAAAGAACAGAGAUGCAAAUAGAUCCUUGGAUAUUUUUGAUGAGAGAUCACAUCCACUCACACGAGAAAAAGUUCCAGAGGAGUACUUUAAGCAUGAUCCUGAACACAAAUUUAUUUACAGAUUUGUUCGUACUCUUUUCAGUGCUGCACAGCUAACAGCCGAAUGUGCAAUAGUAACUUUGGUUUACUUAGAAAGGCUUUUAACUUAUGCUGAGAUCGACAUUUGUCCCACUAACUGGAAAAGAAUUGUUUUGGGAGCCAUUCUUCUUGCCUCCAAGGUUUGGGACGAUCAGGCUGUAUGGAAUGUGGACUACUGCCAGAUCCUCAAGGACAUUACAGUUGAGGACAUGAAUGAGAUGGAAAGGCAUUUUUUGGAGCUACUUCAGUUUAAUAUCAAUGUUCCCGCCAGUGUUUAUGCCAAAUACUACUUUGACCUUCGCUCCUUAGCAGAUGACAACAACUUGAAUUUUCUGUUUGCUCCUCUUAGCAAAGAAAGAGCACAGAACCUAGAGGCCAUUUCCAGAUUGUGUGAAGACAAAUACAAAGACUUGUGCAGAGCUGCUAUGAGAAGGUCUUUCAGCGCUGAUAAUUUCAUUGGUAUUCAGCGCUCUAAUGCCAUCCUCUCUUAAGGGAGGAAGGAGGGGUUGUAACAUCACGAACCCCUCACCUACAAGGACUGGAGAAAUACCACCUCUCCUGCUCAAAAACCAGCAAAGUUAGUAUUUUCAUCUAAAAGAAGGUCAAGAGACUCGUGGACCGCAAGGAUUAUGCUCAUAGGAAAGAAUGGAACUUGUCAAUGCAACACACUCGUUUGUCCUUUUUAAUGUAAACAGAGUUACAAAAACCACUCCAAAGCAAAAGCUCCAACCCACACACAGAUAUUUGCUUACUAUGUAGGCUUAUAGCUGUGAGCUAAGUGAGGUUUUAAAAUUUUUAGACACGACACUAACUACAUAACUUUUAUGUUUUUCUAUUUUUCUUGCCCCUCCCUCACACUGCUGCAUAUUUCUUUAGAAUCAAUGCAGUAUUACCAUUAAAACAUGGGACUCCUAACAACUCAUAAAGCCACUUAGGAACAGACUGUAGCGUUGUGAGGUAUUGAAGGGUUCUUCCUCCCUACUUUACCAUUGAAGCUGCUGGUCGUUAUUGGCAAUCAGUUUAAACCAAAAAACUGCCGAAUAACACCUGUCGUUCAAAUUCUUUGCAAGCACUACUUAUUAGCAUUAUUAGUAUGUUUGGGAUCAUAAACAAGAGAAAGUACGUUAUCGAUUAUCUACUUCUAUUGGGUCCAUGCUGCAUUUCUUGUGAACUAUAAUGGUGCUUCUCAUUUUCUGACGAUUUUCCUCUUUGUUAAAUGCGUGUAUUAAAAUAUAUUUUCAUAAUUCCAACCAACAUGGUGGUCCAGUGGUAACAAGCAGGUAGUGAAAUAGAAGGUGUCCUGAAAAUCUUAUUGCAACUUUCAGCUUAAAUAUGGUGUGCUUGGGCCCUCCAGGGCCCUGCUGAAGUAUAAAUGCCACAGACUUACAAAAUAUCACUUGAAAGUUUAAUUACAUUUCUAGUAAACUUCUGUAGUUUUGUAAAUUUUAAAUAUUAAGCUUUUAAUUUUAAUUUUUUGUUUCAGCCCCUCUUGAAGAUGGCAAACAUUGGCUGAAGCAAAAAAUUAAAAUUAGAAGUUUAAUAUUUAAAAUUUAGGGGCACCUGGGUGGCGCAGUCGGUUAAGCGUCCGACUUCAGCCAGGUCACGGUCUCGCGGUCCGGGAGUUCGAGCCCCGCGUCGGGCUCUGGGCUGCUGGCUCAGAGCCUGGAGCCUGUUUCCGAUUCUGUGUCUCCCUCUCUCUCUGCCCCUCCCCCGUUCAUGCUCUGUCUCUCUCUGUCCCAAAAAUAAAUAAACGUUGAAAAAAAAAUUUAUAAAAUUUACAAAACUAGUUAAGUUUACAAGAAAUACCUAAACUUUUAAAUGGUGUUUUGUCAGUUUGUAGCAUUUAUACUUCCACAGGUAUCAAAGCUUAAAGUUGCACUAAGACUUUAAAGAUACCUUGUACCUUCAUAGACAUGCCCUCCCCUUUGAAAGUAGUCCUUUGCAGGGCUGUGCCGUUUACCUGCUUUGAUCACCUGAGUUUCUUUUUUCUAGAUUUGGUAAGGAUUAUGAAGAGCAAUGGUAAUUCACAUGUAAUAAACUGAAAGGAAUUGGACUCUAAUAGUAGUGAUAUGUAAGUAGGGGAUAGGAAACCGCUUUUCUAUCCUAUGUGUUAACCUGGCUGGAGAUGUCUCGUUUCAAGUCCUGCUAUUUAAGAGGAACCCUCACCUCAGGCUUUAAAGGGCAGGGAGUUAAGAAAUCAAUCUUCUAGGACAUUGGUAAUGAUGUCACCUAAACUUGAAAUGUUAAAAAAAAAAAGAAAGAAAAAAAAGAUUUGUGUUCUUAACCACGUGAGAUCUUUCUCCUACCUUCUCAAAUGUAAUCCUAGGAAUUUUGCCUGUAAACACAGCAUUUCUGGGCCAGGAAUACUUUCUCUCAGUAUAGCAAGGCUUCAUAUUCUAUUGAGUGCUGCAGGUUCCAUCAUUUUUAAAGGACAGAGACAUAAGUGAUAAAUAACAGUAUAUAAAAUAUUACAAUCUACCACCUCAAAAAAAUGUUUUGUGGAGUUCGGAGCUUGGAGAUUCAAGUAUUGAUUACAGUCUUAUUUUGAAAAGAAUGCUACAACGUAUGUGGUUUUUCUUCCUCAUGUUUAUAUUAAAAGAAAAGCUAAUAAACUCUAUUUUAAUUAAAAUA